AUGGCGACGAAAUCAAUUGGAAAGGGGGCCGCAGUAGCGACGCUAGCAAUUGUAUGUCUGGUCUUCUUCAUCGACAUCGCUAAUCUAGGCAUGGCCAACAUUGCUUUGCCCACCAUUCAAAAAGAGCUGGGGUAUGAUGAGGGCUCGCUGCAGUGGAUAUUGACAGCCUAUGCUCUGACGUUUGGUGGGUUUUUGAUGGUCGGUGGCCGCGUUGGCGACAUCUUUGGACAGAGAGUCACCUUGAUAGCAGGAAUGACUCUUUUCAACGCGGGGACUCUUCUUUGUGCUCUUGUAAACGAUAAGAUAGCCCUUGUCAUAGGCCGAGCAGUUCAAGGUAUCGCUGCAGCCUUUACCAUCCCUGCGGCACAGUCCAUGGUCUCCCUGUCGUUUGAAGAUGCCAAAUCUCGCAUUCGCGCAUUCGGUGUAUGGGGUGCUUCUGGGUCUAGUGGAUUUGUCUUUGGCCCUAUUUUUGGUGGCCUCUUCACCUCGUUGGUAACAUGGAGAUGGAUUUUUUGGCUUUCCCUCGUUGUCGAAGGCUCUCUCGAAAUUGUAGCACUUGUUUUCCUUUUCACUGACAACCUUCCCGGCGCGCCUACAAGCGCCCCCAAAGACAAAAACGGUCGGUUGAAAUGGUCGGAACUUGCCACGCGUUUGGAUCCUGCUGGAACAUGUCUGUCCAUUGUUGCUCUGAUAUUGCUUGUGUAUGGCCUUACUACUGGCAAUGUGCACGGGUGGGGUGAUGCAGAUGUGGUUGCGACUCUUGUCGUGUCUGUGGUCCUUCUCGCGGUUUUCGCUUUUGUGCAGCUUAAAUUCUCCUCGGAUCCGAUCCUGCCUCGGUACUUGUGGAGCGAUCGAAUCAAGAUGCUUGGCUGCCUCAUGGCUGCGUUGACGUAUGCAAUAUGGCAGGGAAGCAAUUACUUGCUGACCCUGGAGCUUCAGAGCUUUGGCUUCUCUCCUUUAUCUACAGCGCUUCGCUUUCUUCCUCUUGGAAUCACGGCCAUGUGUGUCAAUUUUGUCAUUCCGAUCGUCAUUCAGCGCGUCCAAGCCCGCACUCUACUUUUGAUCAGUUGGCCUGUAUGCGCUGCUGGGCUCGCUCUUCUAACGGCUAUGGCUGAUAUUGGGGACUACUGGCGACUGUGUCUCCCGGGGGAGAUCCUCUAUAUUGCUGGUGUUGGUACAAUUUAUUUUGUCGGCAAUAUCAAAGUAGUGGCGACCGCAAAAGCAGAGCAACAGGGUACCGUUUCUGGGGUGUAUAACAUGUUUCUGAAUAUUGGCGGCGCUGUUCUCGGAGUCGCUGUCUUGACUGUCAUUUCGGAUUCGGUCACUUCCAAUCAAAGGGACAAAGACGGGCCAAGCGCUCGCCUAGAUGGAUAUCGUGCGGGUUACUAUGGUACAAUUGCUAUGGCUGUCAUUGGUUUGGUUGCAUCAUUUUUCUUUUAUGACGAGCCAGUUUCGAAGGCCGAGGAGGAAUUGCCUGUGGUUCAAGAGAGUGUAGAUUCAUCUCGCAAGAUGAGCAGGGAGAUGAAGCCAGAGUGUUUGGCUGAGGAUGACCUUGAGUAG